AUGUCUUCAGAACGAAGAUGCUCCCAUUCUUCUGUGUGUUACAACUCCUCUCCUCAUGCUGCUGAAGUAGGUUAUAAACAACCAAGUCUGAAGCAAAGGACUGUGGCCACAAGACCCGCAGGAUCCCAAGGACAACAUGGCCGUAUUGAUCCAAACAUCUUUCCAGCUCCAUUGGUUCUACCUGGCGACGAUCUUGCUCUAGAUCCUGAGUACCCACCGCAAUCAUUUCAACAGUGGUUGGACGAGGAGGAUCGCAACGAAGUCACCUCGGACAGAAGGACAGUCUAUGUUGUCGCGCCGCCGGACUAUGACGAGGACGCCCGGUUCGCGCAGGCAUGGACUUCUCCUAGAGUGGGCAAGACGCAGCAUCAGUUAAUAAGGCCUACGCCGCAAGACAUCGUCGGUUACCUCGCGGCAUUUUACCAUGGGGUCCCCGUCAAGCUCCUCCGAGUACCUGACUUUCGAUUUGUUCCUUGGGAUGGCCAGAAAUCCAAGAGCUCACCCCACUUCCUUGGUUUAGCUGUUUCAGACGAGUGCGUUGGCAUUCGGACGCGGGCAUGCCCUGACAAACUUUACCCUCGUCAAUUGAACCUCGACGAUCUCCUAGAUGUGGCGAUAAGCAUACUUCCCAAGGAUGCAUAUGCUUUGUGUCUUCUUGUGAACCAUGAUCUCUAUGAGGACGCCGAUGAUACGUUCGUCUGCGGACGUGCAUACGGUGGAAGUCGCGUCGCAGUGGUCUCCAGCGCUAGGUAUUGUCCGUCCCUGGACCCAACUCAGUCACCCCUCCUACGUGGCGAGUACCAAGAGACGGAAGACCGCCAGCGAAUCAUCAUCCUUAGCUGCUGCGCCAUUAACAGCCGCGUUAUCUGCAUUGUCUUCCUUCCCGAAGAUCGAUUCAUCACCACGGUUACUGUCAUCACUCUGGCUUUCCCGAAUGUGUCGCACGGCGAGCCAUGA